GUCCGCGCAUGCGCAUGCGCACUCGCUCUCUCCUGCGCGCUCGUGUGGGGCCCGUGAUCCAACGGGACUGUUUGCUCUGUAAUGGCGGCCUCGGUGUUGCUCUCCGCGGAAAGCUCAGUGCCCUCGUUUACUGUCGGCCAUCCCGCCGGAGCCACGGCGGUGGGAUCAAGCGGCCAUCACGGAUUACCCACUGCUCCUGGAGCCGCGUCCUGGAGCCGCUCGCUGGACCGGGCGCUGGACGAGGCGGCGGCCACCGGAGCGCUCAACCUGAGCGGCAGGAAGCUGAAGGAGUUCCCGAGGAGCGCCGCCGGACACGAUCUUACCGACACCACCCGGGCCGACCUGUCACGGAACAGGUUGACGGAGCUGCCAGUGGAUGUGUGUAUGUUUGUGUCGCUGGAGAAUCUAAACCUGUACCAGAACUGCCUACGUUCACUACCAGAGAGUCUGAUCAAUCUACAGUCCCUCACCUACCUGAACAUCAGUCGUAACCAGUUGUCCACUCUCCCUGCUCAUCUGUGCCGACUGCCUCUCAAAGUUCUGAUUGCCUGCAAUAACAAGCUGGUUUCGCUGCCGGAGGACCUGGGCAAACUCAGACAGCUUACAGAACUGGAUGUGAGCUGUAAUGAGAUCCAGACUCUUCCUCCUCAGAUCGGUCAGUUGGAAGCUCUCCGUGACCUCAACAUCCGUAGAAACCACCUCAUUCGCCUGCCUCCUGAGCUGGCCGAGCUGCCGUUAGUACGGCUUGAUUUCUCCUGUAAUAAGGUUACGACAAUCCCAGUAUGCUACCGCAAUCUCAGACACCUACAGAGCAUAAUUCUGGACAACAACCCUCUCCAGAGCCCACCUGCACAGAAAUGCAUAAAGGGAAAGAUUCAUAUAUUUAAAUAUCUGAACAUGGAGGCGUGUAAAGCAACAUCAGACCUUCCAGAUUAUGACAGAAGACCACUGCCCUUUGGAUCCUGUGUGGAGGAUUUAUAUUCGGGUCGGCCGUAUGGAGCUCUGGACUCUGGUUUUAACAGUGUGGAUAGUGGAGACAAGAGAUGGUCAGGAAAUGAGCCUUCAGAUGAGUUUUCAGACUUGCCGUUGAGAGUGGUGGAAAUCACAAAAGAGCAGAGACAGAGAAGAGAUCGAGAGAGAGAACGUGACGAGCACCGGAUGGGAUCUCACGUGACUAAUGGCACAUUGGAGUCAGAGGUUGAACAGAUAGACUUCAUUGACAGUUGUACGGGGGAGGAGGAUGAGGAGGGUGGGCGGAGCCGGAGAACAGUGGAGCAAGUGAGCCUCAGCUCCCAGUUCAUGGCCUACAUUGAAAGACGAAUCACCAGAGAGGGUUCACCAGUGAAGACCAGCCCAUCCAGAGAUUUAAGAACGGAUGACCCAAGACGCCAAAGCUCCCUACAUAACCGAGGUGGGUCAGAUACUGCCGUCACAUCUUCAUAUGCUCACAGUCAGCGGACUGCCAGUUUGACAUCAGGUUCUGGUGUCGGUGUGGAGAGAGUGAGACGAGAAGCUCAGUUAGCAGCACUGCGGUACGAGGAGGAACGACAGAAAACCAGAUCAGUGCAGAAAGAAGCUGUUAUGAACUUUGUGAAGAACAAAUCGUCUCCAAGUCCUACAAAGCUCAGUCCAACAGACAGUGAGAGUGAGUUUGAGCCUCUACUGAUAUUUGAGAUAGACACAGAUACCAACACUAUAAAGAAGAGACCAGACCCUCACAAACAGUCUCUCUCUGCUGUGCCGCUGGAUGGGUGCAUUUCUCCUGCUUUAGCCGUCCCCUCCUGUACGCCGCAGCAAGGUGAAGAUUAUGCCUCGCUCUCACCCACUGCCCUCCAAUCACCCACUUACCCCAGCCCUGCUGCCCUGCCCCCUUCUCGCGGCCCAGCCCAGCGACCUGAGAGUUACCUGUUUCGGCUGAGUCAUCUACAGGACAAGAAGAAAGGAGAUUCAGGAGUGCAGAGAGCGGAGUCUACAGAUGCUACUCCCACACCGAGUCCUGCACCAACUGGAGAGGAGGCGGAGCUGAUAGAACAACUGAGAAGGAAUAUUGAAUGUCGACUCAAGGUGUCUUUACCGAGUGACCUUGGGGCUGCUUUGACUGACGGGGUCGUGUUGUGCCAUCUGGCCAAUCACGUGCGUCCUCGAUCCAUACCCAGCAUCCAUGUACCUUCACCGGCAGUGCCCAAACUGACGAUGGCCAAGUGUCGACGGAAUGUGGAGAACUUUCUUGAGGCUUGUCGCCGAAUUGGAGUUCCUCAGGAUAGCUUGUGUUCGCCAGGGGACGUGUUGAAAGGGGAGGUUGUUUGUGUGUUCAGGCUAGUUGAGGCCUUGCUCUCCCAGGCCCCGCCCACACUUCACUCCACCCCUUCUACCCAGCUGACUGGUUUUGCCCUCUUCUACCUGUCAAUUAUGUCGCUGCUCUGUGCUAUCUAUUGCCACCUGGUGUCAAGUCUUUGAAUUGCACUUACGUAGUGAUUACUGUACUAAAAUAGGCAAUUGUUUGUGCGCUCAUGUGUUUAUGCAAAAUGAGCAGAUUUUACACAAAAGCCAGUGUUUAUUCACACAAAUCUUACCUUUGUCUGAGUUGUAGGGUUUGGGAAUCAAGAAUCGGUUCUAUUUCAGAACUGGUUCCAUGUGUUUUAAAAAUAUUGGAAAAAAAUUUAUUUUCGUAAUGUUAAGUUCCGUAAAAAUUUCAUGAACGCCUAUGUUUUUUUCGCCGAUGUGGACAUAAGACCGUAAUAAAAUACACAACAACAUAGAGAACAUUUGCAAACAGAUUACUUUUAUGAGCUGGUUUUUUUAAUGAAGGCUUAAAUCAAUGUAAUUACAGACAGGUUAAUCUACUAACAAAGUUUAAAAAUGCACAUUCAACAGUUUUUUAAAAAAAAAAAUGAUACGCCAAUAAAAAAAAAAAAAGCUUAAAUAAUAUUGUUUAUAAAAAAUUAAGGAACUGAAUCAUUCAGUGGAAUUGGAACCAGCAAUGUUAAAUUCCCUAUGAUUCCCAUCCCUACUAAAUUACAUACAAUUUAGUGUUUGUGUGCUUUUAAAGGAAGCACAUUUUUAUAGCAAAAAUCAAAGCUUCAUCUAAAAGCACAAAGAUGGGUUGAGUCACCCAUUCAGCCUUAAAUAAGACUUAAGAACACGCAUCCUGCUCACUAACAAAGCUCGUUAUUGCACCGUGGAGCUGCUGCAACGUUUCCUAAAGGAAAAUGGCAGGAGGGAGGUUUUUUUUUUUGUGUGAAAUUUGAUUUGAAUUUUGGGAGGUUUUUCAUAAGCUUAUCUGACCUGGAUGAUGCCAAACCAUAAACUCCCUGUUUAUCCCUUUGUGCCUUACAGUGGUGUGUGUCCAUGUCUUUGACUUCACAGUUAAAUAGAAAACAUCUCAACUCGCAAGCAGAACUAAACCCUACAGAUAUCAAGCAUGUUGGCAAUCUUUUACCAGAAGCAGUUUACUCAGCACUAAAAUAGGUCUAUACCAUAGGUCAUUGUCAACCUGUUCAUGUCUGUUACUAAUAUACAGUAUAAGUUUCUAACACAAAGGAAAAUACAAUACCGGUCCUGUACAGUGUGUGUGUGUGUGUGUGUGUUUGUGUGUGCGUGCGUGUCAAAUUUGUGUGCCAUAUUGCCUGAUUUUCCAACGACUGUUGUCCUGCUUUUCUACAAUAAAAACUAAACUCAAGUAUCUAGUGUAGACUUGUUUUCUAUUGUUAGUAUUUAUUAUAAGCGACUUGUUGUUAACAAUAUAAGGCCAUUCAAAGGUUAUGGGUUCAAGUCCCACAAUAGUGGCAGCUUUUUGUUGAAUUGGGGUGGUGUAGUGGUUAAAGCUCGAUGGUGGUAAUUGGAAGGUUGCUUGUUCGAUUCCCACAAGGAGUGAGUUGUGAGAAUUCUAGGAAUAAGUCUGGGCUGCGUUUCCCGAUAACGAUGGAUUUUGGCUCUUAAAGGAAUAUUCUAGGUUCAAUACAAGUUAAGCUCAAUCCACACCAUUUGUGGCAUAAUGUUGAUAACCACAAACAAUUAUUUUGACACGUCCCUCCUUUUCUUUAAAAAAAUUAAAAAGUAAAAUCGAGGUUACAGUGAGGCACUUACAAUGGAAGUGAAUGGGGCCAAUUUUUGGGGGUUUAAAGGCAGAAAUGUGAAGCUUAUAAUUUGAUAAAAGCACUUACAUUAAUUAUGUUAAAACUCGAGCUGUAAAGUUGUUUAAAUCGUUGUUUUUACAGUCAUUUGAGGAUUUUAGGGUUUGUUGACAUUACAUCGUCAUGGCAAUGAAGAUGUAAAAUUGGCCAUAACUUUACACAGAAAAGAUUAGUAAGUAAUUUUGUCACACUAAAAUCAUGUUAACACACAUAGUUUAUGUCUUGUGGUUAUACAUUUGAAACAGCGAAUAUUUUAACAUUCAUGGAUUGGCCCCCACUUCACUUUCACAAGUGCCUCAUUGUAACCCAGAUUUGUGCUUUUUUUUUUUUUUUUUUUUUUUUAAGAAAAGGAGGGUCAGAUAAAAUUUUUGUGGUAAGCAAUAUGUCAACAAUGCUGUCGAUUGAGCUUAACUUGUAUUGGACCUGGAAUAUUCCUUUAAGAACGUUCUCUAUGUGCAAAGUUACGAAUGUUCAUUCCUUUCCAACAUAAGUUUCUCAAAACUGCACUUAACAUGAACGCGCAAGAAUGCGCGUUAAGCUACUUAAGUGUCGCUGUCCCUUUCUGAAGCACUGAAAUGUCACCUUAGAAUCGCUUGUCAUUGUAAACAGUGCUGGGUAAGUUACUCAAAAUGUAAUCCACUACUAAUUACUUCUCUAAAAAAUAUCAGAUUACUGAUUACUUACUCCAAAAGUAAUCACAGUACUAAUUGUUUUAAGUUACUUUCUAAAAUGCUUUUCACAUAAAAGUUUGUUUUUCCACAAAUGUAUAAUGUCUGUACAGUAUUUCCUCCUCGCUCAUUGGUGCGCACGCAGCACUCAUUCUGUUGAUAAUUAGGCUAAAUAUUUAAGAAAAUAACUUUAUACAAAGAAUUUGCCUUGCUAAUGGAUGUUAUGCAAAACAUAUAUUAUAUUAUAGAUGUAGCAUUUAUGAGAAUGUACUUAAUAAUAUUAAUUAAAAAUAAUAAUCGAUUGAUAGGUCAAUCGCUGCAUUCUACGGUCAAAUAUUUUUGUGUAAGAGCAGUUAAUUUGUAAUCAAUAUUUCCAAAAUAUUUCAUGUCUAUUUAUUUCAUACUUAGUUGUGUAAUAAGUUUAGUUAGCCAGUCAUUAUCGCAAAAUUAACUGUACAUUAUGCCUUACUUAACCAUCUACUAAUAUCGAUUUAUAAACUUUCACACGUGUAAAACUAAGUAACUGUUAUGAGCACGUUCUUAGCUCCAGUUCCUGCUGGAGAAUUGCCGAGCCAUCGUGUUCACGACCCCUUAAAUGUUGUCUCGUCCACAAAAAACUGAAUGUUGUUUUUGGUUACUGUUUAUGUUAGCGCGGCACUCUUGCUCUUAUUUUGGUGAGUUUCAGUUUGAUUUCCUGCGAAAAUGGGGCUUGAUAGUGGGCAAGUUCAUCAACGAGUUGUUAAGUGUGACACCCCCCACCCAAAUCGAGUUAUUCCGAGUCUGCUAGCAUGACACUGGCUUUAGUUGACUUUGUCUUGUUUCUCAAUCUGAUCUCUCCGCUGUUUUCUGUCUGAUUUCUCUGUCUCUCCUCAUCCUUUCUUUACAGUUUCCAUGAUGUUUGAUUUUUUUUCCCCUUAUAUUUACUUUCAUCUACAUUUUACUUCUUAAGUUGUACAUAUCUGUAUAUUUGAGUUGCUUUAUUUUAAACAUUUAACUUUUGAGUUAUAUACAUUUUGUUAUGAUUUGUUUCUCCAUUGACAUGCCUUUCUCUUCCCCCUUCCAUUGUGUUCACCCCUGCUGUGUGUGUGUGU